UCUGGGCACCCUCUCAAAUGCGGGCCUGAAUUUUUUUACACACUUGUUUGUAUUUCAGACUUGCUCCAGUGGGGUUUCUGAUUUCCUUGCUCUUAAAUCUUGCGUGUGUUUUUAAGGCUUCCAGUAUUUGGCCCUGGGUCGGCCUGGCACUUCAGGCUGUGUAUGGGAGGGAGUUGGUCCUUCUGUUCUCCUUGGACUGGAACUUCCAUGACAGCUGGCGCUGAGCUCCAGGGACCAAAGCUUGACCAGAAUUCUUGUUAACCCUUUGUCACUGAGUAUGUGAGAGGGUGGUGGUGGUGUAAAAUGCCCGUCUCCUGACAUUAAUAGAUUGGAGAAGGAGAAGCCAUCAAUGGCCCAUGUAUGGUUAAGUCCAGAUUUUCCUGUGAGGGCUUCCGUAGGAGCUGCCCUGUCUGUGAUGCUUCCCCUGUGAGGAAGACAAGAUGGUGGGAAGGGAAUCACUCAGCCCCGAGGAGACCCGUCGCUCUCCUCCUCCUCCUCCUCCUCCUCCUUCUUUUCCUCUCGUGGUCUCAGCUUGCCAACUCUCGGCAGGGAGCACGAAACUCCCAAUGUGAGCAGGUUCGGUUCUCUUUCUGAUGCAACAUUUCAACUUUUUUAAACGGCUGCAGUCAGAACAGGAAUUUUUGACGGUUAAUGGUUAGACUUUUUUUUUGGCUUAUUUUCUUUCUUUCUUUCUUUUUGAGUUUUUAUUGAUUUUAUUACAACACAACACAAACAUACAUAACAUAAACACAUAAUCUGUGUUUUCUUUUUACAUGACGGUUUCAUUCCUUCAACUUUCUGCUGUAUACAUUCCCUUUUUCCCUUCUUUUUUACUAUCUUCGAUUUAAUUGUCCCUUUACAUCUAGUUUCAUUUAUUUACAAUAUUUUACACAUUUCUUCUCUUCUCUUCUCCAUCCUUUUUUUUCUAUUCAGUUUUCCUUUUCUCCAACCGCUCGUACUGUUUGGUCCAUAUUUGAUAAUAUUCUGUCUCUUCCUUUUCCUUUAUUUCUUUCGUUAAUUUAUCCAUCUGCGCACAGUCCAGAAUUUUCUUGAUUGUUUCCUCUUCUAUUGGUAUCUUUUCAUUUUUCCAGAGCUGUGCGUAGGCAAUCCUUGCUGCCAUAAUUAUGUCUAAUAUCAAAUACUGAAUAUCUUUGCUGUAAGUUCUGGUUAAUAUCCCAAGUAAGAAGUAUCUCUGGAUUUUUUGGGUCUUCUUUUCAAGUUAGAGCCAGAGAAGGAGACUCGGAGGGAAGGGAGGAGGCAGUGCCAGGAGCCCUGAGGUCACGCGUGGGGUGUCCAUAGCAGCCCCUCGCGGACGGUGGGAAGUCGGUCUGGCAAAGGGUCAAGAGGCAGUGCUCCCAUUCCCCAGGCCGGAACAGCUGAGGCUUUUCGCUCUGGGACUUUUACAGGUAGUCCUCGACUUAAGGCCACAAUUGAGUCCAACAUUUCUGUUGCCAGGCAAGACAGUUGUUAAGUGAGUUUGUGCACCAUUUUACAACCUUUCUUGCCACAAUUGUUAAGUGAAUCACUGCAGUUGUUCAGUUACUAAGGUGGUUGUUAAAUGAACCUGGCUUCCCCGUUGACCCUGCUUGUCGGGAGGUCACCAAAGGGGGGGGGAGGGUGUGUGUCACAUGACCCUCAUAAAUAUGAGUCGGUUGCCAAGCAUCUGGAUUUUGGUCACGUGACCAGAGGGAGGGCACAAUGGUCGUUAAGUGUGAAAAACAGUCCCUUUUUUCACUAAAUGAAUGGUUGCAAGUCACAGACUGCCUGUAUUGUUUUUUUUAUUCCUGCUGUAAGCUUACCCAGAAUUGGGUUGCUUAAGAAUUAUUUAAAUAAAUAAAUAAGCCCCUUCAUUUGGUCACAUGACUGAGCAUUCAGCCUCCCAUCUUCUCCUAGAAUAGAAGAGAAGAGAAUUUUUUUAUUGGCCGAGUGUGAUUGGACACACAAGGAAUUUGUCUUGGUGCAUACGCUCUCAGUGUACGUAAAAGAAAAGAUUCGUACGUCAAGUAUCAUAAAGUACAACACUUAACGAUAGUCAUAGGGUGCAAAUAAGCAAUCUGGAAACAAUAUCAAUAUAAAUCAUAAGGAUACAAGCAACAAAGUUACAGUCAUACAGUCAUAAAUGGGAGGAGAUGGGUGAUGGGAACGAUGAGAAGAUUAAUAGUUGUGCAGAUUUAGUAAGUAGUUUGACAGUGUUGAGGGAAUUAUUUGUUUAGCAGAGUGAUGGCGUUUGGGAAGAAGCUGUUCUUGUGUCUAAUUGUUCUGGUGUGCAGUGCUCCGUAGCGUCAUUUAGAGGGUAAGAGUUGAAACAGUUUAUGUCCAGGAUGUGAGGGGUCUAAAUAUUUUCCCUUUUUUUACUCGUGCAGUAUACAGGUCCUGACAGAGAGAGAAACGCCAUGGCUGGCCUGUAUUCCAUGCGGCCCUUUCUGCCUACUCAGGACUGUGUUGCCAGUGGAGACGAGGGAGGCACCGUCCUUUCAACGGACAGUUCCCUCAAACUUUGGCCUAUUUAACGAUGGGGGUUCCUAAUGGCAGCCCCCUUGUUAGCCAUAGGGUUAGCAAUAGGACCAUAGAACUUUCCUUCGGGCACCUUCCGUCUGCAGGCAAUCCUGCUCUGCAUCUUCUUCCUUUCCUAUCAUAAUAGCUGGCCACAAGGACUUCAGCCAUGGGGCACCUGUUCAGGGGAGCGGAUGUGAACCUCUGCAGUUGUCACCCUACCCACCUCCCAGAGCUCCGGAGCUCAAGCUCUGGCAGGCGAAAGGACCCAAGAGCGGCUGCUGUGUCUAGGCCAGGAUUCUGGAAGGGCCACCAGGACAGUAAAUAGCUGGUGUGCCCGGAGUCUAGAGCUCAUGGACACCUAGCAGCUCCCUAACCACAGGCUCCCCAAGCACUUUCCCCAAGUUGUGUCGGCAGACAAGCAAGGCUUCCCUACAUUUCUCAUCAAAAUACAUAAAGAGGGUUGCCAUCUUUCUCUGAAUCAGACCUAGUUUUCCCUGACCUCAGUUUCCCCUCUGCAUUCCACUUUGGCUGAGAGUGGCAUAACAAGGCUUUAGAGGGUGAUGAAAUCUUUUCAUUUGGAAGUGACACCACCUCUUGCUUUCUCUAGAUCUGUGACUCUGUGUGUGUGUGUGUGAGAGAGAGAGAGGAUGUGAAUGUGGGGAAAAGUGGCAACCAGCCUGCAUUCCCCCAGGCCUGCCAGAGUGUGCUGGCCCUUUGGCUCAGAUACACAAGAAGGCAUUUUGGGAGCCUGUUGUGUCUGCGCCCCCCGAGCCGGGCCCCCUGCAAGAAAGUGAGUCGGAAAGUGAGGGGGAAGGGCCAUCAGGACUUACCUCUGGAGCACCAGCUUCCCUGGCUCAGCUCCAGGAGCCAGAGGCAGGUCAGGUGGAGGAGAUAAUGAGGCCUCCGUCCCCUGACUCUUCCCCCCCAGGCCACGCCUCCAGACCCGGCUGAUGGCAAUCAGGCCUGGCUGGACCCUAGGUUUCGUAGGCAGGAGAGGCGGGAACAACAGACGCAAGGGUGAGGCAGGCCUAGGAAGUGCUGAGUCAUGGAGCCACACCCCACAGGAUAUAAAAGCAGCAAGGGCUGCUAUACCACAGCAAAUCAACUGCUUAGAGGGAGAAUUAGAGCUGAAGUCCUGUUUGUUCCUGGUUUUCUGGCUGACUCAAAGGCAUCAAGAGAGAUAACAGAGACACUUGGCAGACGCUCGCUAGUUUGCAGCCAGAACUGAUAGUUGCCAGCUAAUUAAGUCAUCACUCGUGUCUCCCAGACUGCGGAGAGGGACUGAACAGAGCCGAUGAACUGUUGGAGAAUCAGCAUCAUAAUUGCUGAUGAUGUGGCUGUUCCACCAUAAAAACCACCAGGAGGGGAUUCUCAAGGUCACUCGUCUGUCCCCCAACUGCUCCUCCUCUGGCUUCAGCACCCUUGAUGAAACUGGGUGCAAGCAAAUUGAGGUCCCCCCCCCCAUUUUUUCCCCCGUCCUGUGUUGGGUGUGAGCGGCUGCCACAUACUUCAUUUGCUUUUGCUGUUGCUUUAGUGCUAAUGCUGGUCAAGGCUGAAAGCAAGGCAGGAAGUCAUUUAUGGGUUGAAAACAAGGCGGGGAUGUCUAAAGUUAUGGAGAACAGGUGGGUUAUAGCAAGGUUUGUUUGUUUGUGUGUGUGCCAGCCUUGAAGUCAGUGCGGACACCUGGCAGCUGCUGGAGAGGUCCCUGCAGUUUUCUUGGCAAGAUUUUAGAAGCAGUUUGCCAUUGCUUCCUUCCUGGGACGGAGAGAGUGACUCCCAAAGAUACCCAGCUGGCGUCUUAACUAAAGUGGGACUGGAACUCAGGGUCUCCAGUUUCUACCCUGAUGCUUUAACCACCACACCAGGCUGGCUCUGUGGGCCUGCUUCUUGUGACAGUGCCUGCUACUCUUAAUCGGAGAUCAGCUGCUAAGCAGGAGGGUUGGCUGUCUCCUUCCCCAAAGCUGCAUCCAGCCAGGGGAGGUCAGCAGGCUCUGGGGGCUGUCGGCCUGUGCAUCGGCUGGCAAGAUACACCAAUGGACGGCUAAAAUAAGUCAGCCACGGUGGGAAAGGCUGGCAUAUUGGCAAGUUGGUAGCAGACUUAAAACAAAGAGAGUCCUUUGCCAUUUUGGCAAAUCAUGCUAAGCCAGAAGUGGGUCCGAGAUGCCUUGCUUGGAGAGAGGGUGCUCAAUGGGGGGUGCCUUGGGGUGCAGGUCUCGGCUGUGGUGGGUGCAUGCAUGGGAGUCCGUGCCCAUCUGCGUGGGCUGCUCUAGAAAGGUGUGAACUUCUGCAUGUCAAGGUGACCCUGCGCCCAGCUGGCAAAAAGCCAGCCCUGCGUGCAGGACCUUCUCUUGCUUUACGUGAUUGAUUCCCCCAAUCUCUCCACUCCAAACUGCCUGGCACUCGGCUCAUCACUCCUGAAGGCCCCCCCCUCCCCCCCCAAGCGGCUGCCUGCCUGCCUCUUUUGCUCACGGUGUCUUUGGCACCAUGUUGGGAACAGCGGGCUGCCAUCUUCUCCGAGGCCUGCUGGAGUCCCAGUGUCCUUUGUAUGCGGCUUCGUUCUCGCUUUUCCUUUGUCACUUUAUUGAUCCUGUUGCCUGCUGAAGACCUUGGUUGGAUGCUGCAGCUGGGGUGCUGUUUUUUGCUCCUAAGCAAGUUCACCAAAUGGAGGUAUUUCUCUCACCAGGACCACCUCGGUCUUCUCCCCGGGGCCAUGCCAGGUCGCUGGGUGAGCGUAACCUCGUUUAAGAAAGGACUGUGCAAAAGAGGGUAUCUGUGCCAUGCUGCUUUGCCGCUGUUGAGUCCCUGGGGCCCACCUGCUCUGGCCCUGCUUCAUUCCCCCUGACCUAUCCUCACUUCCCAGCCAACUGACUCAAACAAAGAAGAAAGGGUCUCUCUUCUCCUCCCAACCUCCCUCCCUCCCUCUCAGCUUCAUUCGCCCCUUUCCUUGUGAAAACGUCAAGGCUUGUCUGGCUAUAGAUGGUGCUGUGGAGCCCAGGAGAACCCUUUCCGUCCAUGCCCAGGCGAGAGAAAGCAGGAGGAGGAGGAGGAGAGUUGGAGCAGGGGAGGGGGUUUCUGGGGGUCCCUCUGCCUGCAGAGAUGUGUGGGCAUCGCAGGGGCAAAUUCUGCCUCCAGAUCAUGGGAACUCCCUUGUGCUGUCCUUAAGGAAGCGAGGUUUAUUUUUCUCCCCCUUCCCAAUAACUGCACAUGCACAGAUCUUCAGUUCUCUGCCGGCAAAGACCUGCUUCUGAUUUUUUUCCUGCCCCCCCCCUUCCCAGCAUACCCUUUCUCCCCCUUCCCUUUCCCUCAUCUGGACAGCUGCAUUGAGGAAUGAUGAAAAAAACCAAUUCGGCUAAACGGGGGUUCCAGGAAGGGAACCAGCAAACGCUGCAGCCUGAGAAGGUGGGCUGGGUCCGAAAAUUCUGCGGGAAAGGCAUUUUUCGGGAGAUUUGGAAAAAUCGGUUUGUGGUGCUGAAGGGUGACCAACUUUACGUCUCGGAGAAGGAGCUCAGAGAUGAGAAAAACAUCCAGGAGGUGUUUGACUUGAAUGAUUACGAGAAGUGUGAGGAGCUCAGGAAGUCCAAAAGCAGAAGCAAAAAAAACUAUAGCAAGUUCUCCCUCGCCCACUCCAAGGAGCCUGGCAACACAGCACCCAACCUCGUCUUCCUGGCUGUGAGCCCCGAAGAAAAGGAGUCUUGGAUCAAUGUGCUCAACUCUGCCAUAAUCCGGGCCAAAAACCGCAUCUUGGAUGAGGUGACAGUGGAGGAGGAGAGCUUUCUUGCCCAUCCCACUCGUAACAGAGCGAAGAUCCAGCACUCCAGGCGGCCUCCCACCAGAGGCCACUUGAUGGCUGUGGCAUCUACCUCAACCUCUGACGGGAUGCUGACCCUGGACUUGAUCCAGGAGGAGGAGGCCUCCUCAGAAGACCACGACAGCUGUGAGAAGAGUUUCCGGGUGGACCUGGACAAAUCAAUUGCCCAUUUCUCCCCUGGCCGAAGGCGCUCAGAUUCAGAGAAGGUCAAGGACUCGGAGAAGACAAACAGCCUCCCAUGGAGGAAAAACCUGCCUGGGGAUAAGCUCUCGGCUCAAAGGGAAGCCUCUGGCAAAGGGACCAUGUACACCCCUCAGGUCCCCAAGAAGCUCUCUCACUUGGAGAAGAAUAAAUGUGCCUCUAUGGAAGAAAUCCUCUCCUGCUGGGACUCCUCAGCCAGCCAGGCGUCGCUGAGGACCAGCCUCAAGGACCAAACGGCUUCCCCUGAGCCUGAGCAGCUGGCCAGGAUACAGGAGCUGGUGGCGUUGCAGCUGGAGAAGACGCAGGGCCUGCUGACGGAAGCCAGGGGCUACGGGGGAGAGGCUAGAAAGACACAGGAGCUUGGCUCCGCCUUGGCUGCUGCCCCUGCCUGUGCCCCGUCCUCGCCCAAGCUGGACUCGGAGGCCACCUUGCAGGAGAUCCAGAGGCUGCUGGGCGAGGCCUCCUCCAGCUGGAGCCAAGCCCAGAAAGUGCUGCAGGAGGUGCGAAAACUGAGGAGCCUCUACCAACAGCUGCGGCUCUCAAGACCUGUGCCCCCACAGAGUCUGCUGCUGCCUCAGUACAGGAGGAGCCUGAUGUGAAGGCAAGCAGCGGGGCAAUCUCUAGGGAAAACAGGGCACAGAAGUUGGAAUUUCUAGCAUUUCAUGCUGACCAGGUUCCGGCUGUUCCUUGAUCCUUACUCCUCACCAGCUCAGUUUUUUUCCUCACUUCCCCCACAUUUAUAUCUCACCCAUUCCUCUCUUCCAACUUCAAGGCGGCCCAUUUCAAUAUAUCCUUUGUGUCCGUAGCCCCCAAAGUGCAGCAGCUUCAAGGUGGCCAUUGGAAAGUCAUUUUUCAGAGUCAAGCGUGAUUCAGUUUUGGCCCCCGUGGUUUUCUUGGUGAACCCCUUUUCGAGAAAGAUCUCUGGUGUCCUCCCGCACAAAUGCCCCCUCGGGUGCGCCGCCCUCCCAAAUGCCAGGAGAGGUGGGUUGCACCUCAGGCGCCAGGGGAAGGUGGCCUCCUCGGCAGGGUCCUCCCUGUGUCCCCCUGGAUCCUCCGUGGUUGCUCUGCCAUUCGGAGGGGCUAUUUCCCUGCUUGGGUCCAAGUCCAGAUUCUGGUAAAAAGGCAACUUUGCCUCCCAAAAUGAUGCAGGAGACUAUUUUCCAAACAAGAUGCAGUCCCAGAAGCCCCCACGAUCAAAAACCGGGUGACUCAGUUUUGCUGAGCUCCAGACUAAGGUUCUUGACUGGAACCAGGGAAUCCCAGGCAGUUCUGGUCCAUGGGCUUAAAGUUUAGGUACCGUAUUUUUCGGAGUAUAAGAUGUACCUUUUUCCCCCAAAAAAGAGGGUGAAAAUCUGGGUGCGUCUUAUACUCCAAAUGUAGCCCCGCCCAGCUUCUCAAAUGGAGGUUUCAGAGGCUGAAAAAAGCAUCAGAAACGAAGCUUCAGAAAAGAAGCUCCUAAACAGAGCUUCAGAAAAAAAGGCCCAAACAGAGCUGUUUCGGAGGCUUUCAGAGGCAGAAAAAAGUUUUUUAUGAAAUGGAGUUUCAGAAGUGUCAGAGGCAGGAAAAGAAAGCCAAAAAUAGCAAGGCACAGAGCUCACAACCAAGGAACCUGUUGCUAAAAUUCACCUCUGGGAAUAGCUGAUUGGGGGUAUUCCAGGAGGCUGAUCCACCUGCCAGUCAGCUUUUUUCUUAUUUUCCUCCCCAAAAACUACGGUGCGUCUUAUACUCCGAAAAAUACGGUAUGUCAUAACCUGGUUCCCCUGAACUCCUUGGUAGGUAUUCCAUGUCCUUAUUCCAUGUGAUUUUGCUCCCUCAGCCCUCCUUCUGGCCUUCAGACGUAGCUCAUGAGCAGCAACAGAAAUCGUGGCAAGCAGGACGUAUGAGGCUAGGUCAUCUUCAGGGGUGUGCAUCUUAUCUUUUCAGUGCAAUAGAAGAAGAGUAACCGGAAGCAUUCCAUGACCACCUAUGCCAAUCCAUUGCUCCUUUGGGAGAGGUCCUUGAUUUCUUUAGCUCAGGACUGGCCCCGCACAUUCUGCUGCCUGUGUGAAAAUUCAGAGGGCAUCUCGUCCCCUUGAGUUGAAUCUCAUUUCCGUUUUGGUGACAGGAGCGUGUCUUCUGUGGCAUCAGAAGAGAUGGCUCCAGUAUUCUGUAUACUCCACCAGCCACCGCCUUGCCCCAUCGACCAGUAAAUCGAGUCCUCUUCUAUUUCCUUUUUCCAUCACUGAUACUGAAGCACAGCAGACACUGUGUUGGAUAGGAGGAAGUGAAGAGGAAGCAUCUGCUGAAUGUGGCCAUUACUCUUCUGUUUACUUGCAAAACUGCUCGCCUGUGGAGAAUUUAUUGGUGGUUGAAAGGGCUUUCUGGUUAAAGUUCAGAGCCAUCGGUUCACUCGUGCCUCCUGCUCUUCCUGUGUUCAGAGAAACCACAGAGAGAAGAGUUGAGGUCCAUAGGAUUUGUCCAGCCAGCAAGAUCUCACAGUAGAAAGUGCUUCCCCUUGAGAGAGUCCCCCCUGCUCCCCCUUCUGUGGUCAUCGUUCACUGCUUAAGACGGUAGAAGGUCCCCUUGUGAUCGCUAUGGCCUUGGUCCUCCUCGGGCUGGUUCAGCCGAGAGUCGGGAAGUGAAGACUCGGCACAGGUUGCAACUCAGGUACCUUCAUGUCCUGGCAGAUGAUCCCCGCUCUGCUAAGCAGAACUACCUACGUGGCUCCCCCACUGGUGGAACUGGCGAAGAAGAGCCCUCCCAUUCUUGGUGUUUCCAUGGGUGGCACUUUCUGCUCGGGCUUAAGAGAGAGUAAUGCCCGUGUGAGUCUUCCAGAAUCAUCCCUCGAGAAAGAGGAUUGAAAAUGGAUGCUUCUUUCUGUUACCUCUGCCCCACAACAGGACUUUCCCAAUUGGCCUCAGGUGCCCUCCUUUCCCCCUUUUUAAGGGAAAUUGAAAAAUUUAUUUGUCCUUCUCUUCUUUUUCCAAACUUUUAGGGUGGAAGUUGCCUUUGUGUUUGUUUUACACCCCCCUGAGCUUUCUUAGGGAGUAAACACAGAUUCACAUCCUGGUUCUGUAACAGGGAAAAGGCAGGUGCACAAAGUCAAGAUUAGUAUGUAGCGCAAUAAAAUUAAAAAGGGACAAAAAACUUGUAAGCUGGUUAGGUUUAGGGCAAUAGAGAAAUAUGGAAAUAAAUAAUUAGCCCCACUAAAGAGAAAUUUCUCCUUGCCUGCUGGGUAAGGGUUGAGACCACAAAUAACCAUAACAGAACCAAUGAAAGUGAUCCUUACAUCAUUUCUUCCUGAAAGUAAGCGGAACCAUUACCAUGUACAAAGAAAUGGUGAAGGGCAUUUUUCAGGAGAUGAGAGGGAAGAGCAGUUGAAGCGUUGGGUGAGUUCCCUAUAUGAACUUUUGCUUAGAAUUGAUUGAUUGACUGAUUGCAUCUGCUUUUGUGCUGCUUCAGUCAAGCAAAUCUAAGUAGCUUAAAAAGCUAAAAGACAAUAGUCUGUUCAGACACUACAAAUACAUAGUUCAGACUAUAGUUUAUAAGUGAUACAGGAGUGAAAUAUUCAUCAGGGAACAGAGCAUGCAAAUGCAUAAAAAUGACCGAUAAAAGAAGAAGCGCUAAUUAGGAGGUUGGAAGGAGUUUUAACACGUCCCUGUAAGGCGGUAUUUCACAUGGGUGCAAGCAGCUGUUCUUUGCUGCGGCUUGUGGGAUAAUGUUUUUGGCAUCUUGGGGAUGAAGUUGGUAUGAUAGCAAUAUUUAUUUUAGAGUGUGUUUCCAUUGUUCCAAACUAAAUAACGCCAAGGGCUGCCUGUAGGUUUUUUUGAAGGACUGUUUUUGAAGGCUGGGUCCUGGGUCCUGAAGGAGUUUAAUUUUUUGAAGGACUGCAUAUGGACACUACAGUUGUUCAUGUAUGUUUGUGUUGUAGGCCACUCGGCAUAUUCCGUUCCCUUCAGAUUCGUAGGGUUGACCCACUUCAUCAUUUUGAAUUUCCAGGCCAGGUUAUCUGCUGCUCGUAACCAGGUGAGGCUUUGUGCUGAGCGCUCCCCGUUCAGGGUAGAAGUUCCCCUUCUGAAGCGCCAGGUGAGAGCAGGCCUGGCUCCCUUGCAGCUUCCCCUUGGCGACAGCUGUUAUUGCUCUGAGCCAGGAGGUUGGAUCCAGGGGGGCCCUGGUGCUCUGGAAAGAGGGAGAGUGCGGGGGGGGGGAUGCUCCAGUUCCCUUUAGCCUGCAUGCCUGAAAGCCACUUUCUACAAUUUUGAUUUGUCGUUUUCGUCAGGACAGGGUUUAGGGAUGGCUAACCUUUUUGCCAUUGUGUACCAAAAGCGGGGGGGGGGAGUGCAGGGGUGUGUGUCGUGCGUGCACGUGCCCACACCUAUAAUUUUGUGCCCCCCC